CAGCAUUUCAAAACGAGGUUGAAUAUUGGAUUGGUCUAUUUUUAUGACGUCAUAAAUGUCAAAGGGCAAACCCCAUUUUGAUGUUUUGAACCGAGGUUUGUUGGAAUAUCCAUAAAUAUCUUCGUCAUCUUGGAAUAUAUAUCUGUUUUAAAUUUUCUUGGGUCAUGAUGUAAUAGAAUGCAGCGUCCACAUAUAGAAGAAACAGUCAGGAGAGUAGCACAAGGGGAGGGAACUCCUACAUUUCCAGUUGGAGCAGCAGGGCGUUUGAUUGGGGCUCCAGUUAGUGCUGCACAAAGGUUUGAGGGCGCUGAAACCAUGUCAGGGGGAAUUCAGUUUCCACUUCAAAACUUUCCUGGAGGUCAACCAGGUCAUCAGCAUGCUUCACCCAUACAGUUGCCAUCAGCUAUCACUGGGGGACCACCUGGAGGUCCUGGGGCUCACCUUUCUGCUGGGCAUCCUCCACCAUCUCAGGUUCAUGCAGCACAAGUUCAAGGUCAGCAGCAGCAGUUUCAGAGGUUAAAGGUUGAAGAUGCGUUGUCUUACCUGGAUCAAGUGAAGCUUCAGUUUGGAAAUCAGCCCCAGGUGUAUAAUGAUUUUCUAGAUAUCAUGAAGGAGUUCAAAUCUCAGACUAUCGAUACACCAGGCGUGAUCAAUAGGGUCUCCAACUUGUUCAAAGGUCAUCCAGAGCUAAUUGUUGGGUUUAACACGUUUCUGCCACCAGGCUAUAAGAUAGAAGUCCAGGCAAAUGAGAUUAACGUCCAUCAACCGGGUCAACAAACUGUGUCAAUCUCUACCUUGAAUCAGAUGGCACAAGCUGCAGCUAACUCACAACAACAUAAUCAAAAGCCCAUUCAAAGUCAUGUGACCAAUACUGCCGCUAACAACACACACCAGUCUCCGCACACCUAUCACCAGUCACCAAGGCCGGGCCCCGACUCGGGUAUAAGUAGUCAUGGGGCUCAAAAUAGUAACCAGCCUGGCCAGCAACCAGUUGAGUUCAAUCAUGCAAUAAACUAUGUGAACAAAAUAAAGAAUCGUUUCCAAGGUCAGCCAGAGAUAUACAAAGCAUUUCUGGAGAUACUGCAUACAUACCAGAAGGAACAAAGAACUAUAAAAGAAGGAGGCCUGGCGACCGUUUGUCCUCCGGGACACAAGCCUCUCACUGAAGCAGAAGUUUAUGCUCAGGUUGCCAAGCUUUUCCAGAACCAGGAAGAUCUGUUAGCAGAAUUUGGACAGUUUCUCCCUGAUGCAAAUGGUUCAUCGUCAUACCAGGGUUAUGUUAGUUCCCUGUUUGGUGCUGACUCAGUUUUGGGUGUACGGAAUGACCAUUCGUCUACAGUAAAGAAGCCUGGGUUUCCUAACAAGAGUCAAACUGCGAAGGCUGCAAAUCAGUUACGAAGGUCAAUAUCCUCUAGUGCUCAACAGCCUAUCAUCAAGAAGCCAAGAAUGGGAACAUUAAAGGAUGUUUCUCUGGCAGAGGCUGGUAAAUGGGGAACACUAAAUGAAUAUGCUUUCUUUGACAAGGUGAGGAAAGCAUUACGACAUCAAGAAGUUUAUGAGAAUUUUCUACGUUGUUUGGUAUUGUUUAAUCAAGAAGUGAUUUCUAGAUCUGAGCUUGUACAGCUGGUACAAACAUUCUUAGGGAAGUUCCCAGAGUUGUUUAAAUGGUUUAAAGAUUUCCUAGGAUAUAAGGAAUCAGGUGGCUCAGUGGAGUCAGUGCCUCAAGGUGCUACUGGCAAGGAGAGAAUCAGUGGAGAACUUGCUAUGGAAAUUGACUAUGCGACAUGUAAGAAGUAUGGAGCAAGUUACCGGGCAUUACCCAAGACGUACGUUCAACCGAAAUGUUCAGGUAGAACAUCACUGUGUAAAGAGGUGUUAAAUGACACAUGGGUGUCAUUCCCUUCUUGGUCAGAGGAUUCAACAUUUGUAACCUCACGGAAAACACAGUUUGAAGAACAUAUUUAUAGGUGUGAAGAUGAGCGGUUUGAGCUUGAUGUUGUCAUAGAAACCAACUUGUCUACUAUUAGAGUGUUGGAAUCUGUACAGAAGAAGUUAACAAGGAUGGCACCAGAAGAUGCAGCUAAAUUUAAGUUAGAUAACUGUCUCGGGGGAACAUCAGAGGUUCUACAUAGAAAAGCUAUUCAAAGAAUAUAUGGUGAUAAAGCCCCAGAUAUUGUUGAUGGCUUAAAGAAGAACCCAGUUGUGGCUGUACCAUUAGUUCUAAGGAGGUUAAAAGCUAAAGAAGAGGAAUGGCGGGAAGCUCAGAGAAAUUUCAACAGAAUUUGGCGAGAACAAAAUGAAAAAUAUUAUCUCAAGUCACUGGAUCAUCAGGGAAUAAACUUUAAACAGAAUGAUAUUAAAGCUAUACGAUCUAAGGCCUUAUUGAAUGAGAUAGAAACCAUCUAUGAUGAGCGUCAAGAGCAGCUACAGGAAGGUGGUCCUGACUUUGGUUCCCCACAUCUCAGUUUUGUGUUCAAAGAUAAAUCUAUCAUUGAAGAUGCUGCUGGAUUGAUCAUACAUCACAUGAAAAGACAAACAAGUAUACAUAAAGAUGACAAACAGAGAAUUAAAGUAUUAUUGAAACAUUUUAUCCCUGAUUUAUUCUUCACUGCACGUCAGGAUCUCAGUGAUGAUGAAAUGGAUAAAGAUGAUGAUGAGAUGGAAUCUGAUGAUGGUGAAGGUGUUACAGAUAAAGAAAAAGAUAAUACAGAAAAAUCUGAUAAUGAAAAGUCCGACACCAGUAAAUCAUCAAAUACAAUAAAUGUGAAACAAGAGAAAAUUGACUCUGAAAAAACUGAUACACAAAGUGUAGAAGUGAAAGAAGAACAGAUGGAUGUUGAUGAAAUUGUGAAGAAAGAAGUGAAAGAAGAGAAAGAAAUAAAGGAAGAACAAGAUGAUGAAGUCGACUUGACAGAUGAUGAUUUGUAUUCUCUGUUCUUUGUGAACAACAACUGGUACCUGUUCUUUCGACUACAUCAGUUAUUAUGUGAGCGUCUACACACAAUUUACUGUCAUUCCCAAAAAGUUGCUGAAGAAGAAGCUCUAUGUAGGAAGGACAGGAAAGAAUCUACAGCUGUGGCAUUGAGAUUGAAGGCUCCUAGUGAGAUAGAACCAGAUGAGUAUUUCCCAUAUUUCCUUGAUAUGAUAAAGAAUGUAUUAGACGGGAACCUGGAGAGCUCGUCAUACGAGGAUCAGCUUAGAGAAAUGUACGGCAUUCAUGCUUAUAUCGCAUUUACCAUGGACAAAUUAGUACAGAAUAUUGUAAGACAGGUAGGAGCUCUUACUAUAAACCAACUAUGUCUCAGAGUAACAGAUAUGUUUUAUGAAGAGAAAAGAAAAACAAUAAAAAGGCAACAAAGGGGGCGGCUAUCGGCUACCUUCCAGCCCAGAAGACAGUUGAUGGAAAACACAUACCAGAAACGUACUGAACAGCUGUUGACAGAGGAAAACUGCUUUAAAGUAAUUGUGUUUAAGAAGGAGUGUAAGUUGACAGUGGAAUUAUUGGACACUGAUCAUGAGAAUAUAGAAGAUCCGGUGGAGGUAGAACGUUGGUCAGAGUAUGUGGAGAAGUAUGUCAACACCGGAGAAACUGUUGAAGAGGAAUUAAAAGAUGUGUUGUCAAGAAAACCUGUGUUCUUACCAAGGAAUGUGCGUCAGUGGAGACAGAGGAAUAAGGAACAAACUGCACAAAGUACCGAAUACACUUGGACUAGUCUUAAAGAACUGGACAGAAGCCCAAAGAUAAAAAAAAAUGACGUUUAGACAGAUACUGACUGUAAAUUUAACGUCAAACUCAUUCAAAACUGGUGCUAUGUUGUGAACGUGAAUUAUCUUUAUAAAAGAAAUGGCAUUUACACACGUGCAAGAGAGUCUCAUCAGAAAGUUUCCUUGAAACUUCACAACAAAUUCAGUUCAUGGGUGGAGAAAUGGAGGAAAGGAAACGUAACAAAGGAGAUGGAGACAAAGUGUAACAAGUGGUUGAUGGGGGAGACCGAUGACAAUAGGCCCUGUGAAACCUCAAAAAAAGAAAUUGACAACCCGGAUAAAUCUCCAUACUAUAAAUAUUACAAAUAUAAGGUCCAGUUCUAUAAGGAAAGUCCAGACCAAGACCAGGACUGAAUCACGUUAAAACUGGUUGUCUAAGUUUAAGUAAACACAGAAGAAUAAAAAUA